CAUAAUGCUUCAUGUGGACCAUGAAUGCGAAAUUGAGACCGACCAGGAAGAUAUAUUCUUUCUUCCUAAUCGUAAUUUCUUCCAAAAAGCGUUUGACACUUUCCGCUCUUUACUGAUGGCAUCAGGAAAAAAUCCAGCUGCCCACAAGUAUUUACACAGCCGCGACUCCAUAAUCAUGGAAAAGCGACGGCAUUUACAUAGAUACAAGCAUAUCCUUCAUCCAUUCAGUAUUUUUAGACUUUACUGGGAUAUCCUAAUGAUUUUAAUAAUAACAUGCUUACUAUUGAUUACUCCAUAUCAAGCCGCCUUCGAAAUAAAGAUGCGGUUACGUUAUUGGACAAUUUGUAAAAAUCUGCUACUUUCUUUCUGUUGCAUGGACAUAAUCGUCAAUUUUAUGACAGGAUAUUUUGACAAAGUGCGUCAUACUGUCGUGAUGGAACCGAAAAAGAUAAUGAAGAAAUAUAUAAGAUAUGGUACUUUCUUGCCAGACUUCUUGGGUUCUCUACCAACUGAUAUCGUAUUUAUUAAAACAUGGCAAGAGAAUACAGUCACACGUGAGCUGAUAUCUUUGAUAUGUGGAUUCCGUGUAUUUUCUCUUAAUUCCUACAUGAUAAAAAUUGCUCACACAUACAACAUUCCAAUGGCCCUUUAUGAAGUCUGCAUCGUGAUAUUUUGGCUAAUGAUAGCAUUUCAGUGGCAGUCUUGUCUUUACUGGCUAGUGCCAAUAGCGGCAACUUCCAUGCACCUACCGAAGCAACCAAGCGAUGACUACUGGAUAAAUGAAUUUAAUCUUUGGGAAGAAUCCAAAAGUUUUCAAUAUCUGCACAGUCUCUUACGCGCUGUUCCCAUUUUUAUGUCGGCGGGUUUUUUACAUGAAAAACCAAAAACCAAUGCAGACCUCACGCUGGUGAUGCUCUUACAAAUCUUGGGGAGUCUAACUAUUUGGAUCCUCAUAGCUUGCGUGAACCAGCUCUACAAGGGCGCCAAUAGCUCGAAGAUAAAAUAUCAAGACAUGAUGGCAGAAGUCAAGCAGUAUAUGAAGCGUCAGCAACUACCGUACUUGACUCAACGUCGUAUCGUAAACUACUAUGAGUUUUGUUUUCAACAUCGAUAUUUUUGCGAAGCUGAAAUCCUCAAAACGCUGUCCUCGCAUAUGCGCCAGGAAAUCGGGAUGCACGCUUGUCGCAAACUCGUGGAAAACGUUACGUUUUUCAACAAUCUACCUCUCCCGUUAAUAACACGCAUUGUCGCCUUACUAAAACCCGAAAUAUUUUUACCGAACGACGUAAUUGUACGGGCAAACCAACCAGGUAAUUGCAUGUACUUCAUCGCUAGUGGUACAGUGGCUAUUUAUACGAGCACCGGAAAGGAAGUAUGUCAUUUGGAGGAUGGCGCGCAUUUUGGGGAGAUCGCGCUGGUGAUGCUGGACGAACAAAGAGUAGCCAGUGUAGUCGCUGUUGAAAUCUGCGAAUUAUAUCGCCUGGACCGUGCAGAUUUUGUCAGAACAAUUCAUCCCUAUCCUAUGCUGUGGGAGCAAGUCAAGAAAAUUGCUAUCGAGAGACACGAGAGAACGGCCAUACUGAAUAUAAAUUAA